AGGCUUGGCACUCCACUUAGCUGAGAACCUAGCUAGCUCGAUCGAUGGCGAGGUGGAGCACCGUUACUGCCGCAAUGGCGUGCCGUUUCUUGCUCGUCGCCCUCCUCCUCGCGGUGGCGCCGCUAGCACCGGCUGACGCGAGAGAUGUGCCUGCCACGGCCACCGCCACCGCCAAGACCACAAAGACAACUGCGACGACCACGAGUGCUAAGAACGUCGGCGUGGCCGCGGCCGCACCGGCCGGCCUCGGCGACCAGAAAACCUUCCUGGGCAGCGGCCUGGGCGGAGGGUACGGCGGUGGAGUCGGGGGCUUCGCUGGCGCCGGUGGGGUGGGAGGCCUGGGCGGAGCGGUGGGUGGCAUCGGCGGCGCCCUCGGAGGCGUCGGGGGCGGCGUGGGAGGGAUCGGGGGCAUUGGUGGCCUCGCUGGCGUGGGAGGCGUCGGUGGGCUCGGCGGAGCCGGCGGUGGCGUUGGCGGACUUGGCGGCGCGGGCGGGCUCGGUGGCCUCGGCGGUGGUGGUGCAGGUGGCCUCGGCGGUCUGGGCGGCGGCUCCGGUGGACUUGGCGGUGGCUCGGGCGGACUUGGUGGCCUCGGCGGUGGAGGAGGUGGUCUUGGUGGCCUCGGCGGUGGAGGGCUCGGAGGUGGCGCCGGUGGACUCGGCGGUGGCAUCGGACACGGCGGCGGUGGCUGCAUCCACCCGUGACCGUGACAUAGAUCGCUGUGCAUGCAGUACGUACGUGGUAUGUUGCAUGCAUGCAUGCAUGCAUGCGGAGGGGCAAGCGGAGGGGCAACGGUCAAGGUCGAAGUAGGGUCAACGCUGCAUGCAUGCAUGCAUGCAAGAUUGUCAGUAGGAAGUGUAUCCACGUGUUGAUGAUGUGAUGUUGAAAUAAGCAUGCACGUACGUGUACACGUACGCUAGCUCCGACUAGUGUUUCUCCAUCUUUGUCUAGGGCCCGCACGUUUACCCUUGUGUUUGUGUUGUGUGUGCUAGCUCCUCAGUGUCCCUGUAUGUGUAACGAAAAAUAAUUCAAUCUUAUCAUUUUCAAAUCUGUUACUCCCCGUCCAAA